AUGCCUAGCAAAACCAAGAUCCUCAAUUACAUGAGACCAGCAAUGGCCAUUAUUCCAGAUGUGGCUGAACCUGAAAGAAGAAUUUUGUUCAAAUAUCGAGCAUUAUGGACAGCAAUAGCCACACUCUUGUAUUUGAUCUGCUCAUAAAUCCCACUUUACGGUAUCUACAAGGCAUCUGCUGGAGAUCCCUUCUAUUGGUUAAGAGUGAUAUUGGCAUCCAACAGGGGAACAUUGAUGGAAUUGGGUAUUUCUCCAAUGGUGACAGCUUCAAUGAUUAUGCAAUUGUUGGCAGGUGCAAAGUUAAUCGACGUGGAUUAGAAUGUAAAGGAAGAUAAGCAACUGUACUCAGGAGCUUAGAAGUUGUUAGGAAUCUUAAUUGCCUUCGGUGAAGCAUUUGCAUAUGUUUGGUCUGGAAUGUACGGCGAUUUGGAUAAAUUGGGAGCAGGCAAUGCUAUAUUGAUCAUCAUUCAAUUAGUCUUCUCAGCCAUUGUUAUGAUCAUGAUUGAUGAAUUACUAUCCAAAGGGUAUGGAAUUGGAAACUCAGGCACAUCCUUAUUUAUUGCCAUCAACAUUUGCGAGAACAUUAUGUGGAAAGCAUUCUCACCAAUCACUCACAGAACUGAACUCGGAUUGGAAUACGAAGGUGCCAUUAUUGCACUCUUCCAUGGAUUAUUUAUCAGAGAUGAUAAGGUUGCAGCAAUCUAGUCAGCCAUCUUGAGAGAUUCAUUACCUAAUCUCACUAAUUUAUUAGCCACUGUAUUAGUUUUCAUGAUUGUUAUCUACUUCUAAGGAUUCAAAGUAGAUAUUCCAAUCAAAAACAAUAAAGUCAGAGGAGGAUUGACAUCCUACCCAAUCAAAUUGUUCUAUACCUCAAACAUUCCAAUCAUCCUCCAAACUGCUUUGGUUUCCAAUCUUUAUUUCCUUUCACAAAUCCUAUACAGAAAUUUCAGAGGCAAUUUCUUAAUCAGAUUACUUGGACAUUGGUAAGAAUUAGAAAAUGGACAAACUGUACCCAUUGGUGGAUUAGUCUAUUAUGUCUCACCUCCCAGAUCAAUUUCCGAAGCCAUCUUUGAUCCCAUCCACACUAUUUUGUAUACUGCAUUCAUUCUGGGUACUUGUGCAGUCUUCUCAAAGACUUGGAUUGACGUGUCUGGAUCAUCACCAAAAGAUGUUGCCAAACAACUCAAAGAACAAGACAUGUAAAUAGUUGGAUACAGAGACUCUUCCAUGAAGGAUGUACUCAAAAGAUACAUCCCAAUUGCUGCUUCCUUCGGUGGAAUGUGCAUAGGAGCUCUGACAAUUUUGGCUGAUUUCUUGGGAGCCAUCGGUUCAGGAACUGGAAUACUCUUAUCCGUCACUAUCAUCUAUGGUUAUUUCGAAACUCUCAAGAAGGAGAAGGAACAAGGCACCCUGGAACUGUUUUGAUAUUGUUCAUUAUAAAUUUAUGACGUAGUAUUAUAAAUUAAAUUA